AUAACGAGUAGCAGCUUUGAUCUACAUUUUAGACUUAAAAAAUCUUGCCACGUAAAUAUCUCCAUUACAUCUCAUAUGCUGGGAAUCUCAGGUGGUUGGGUGAGCAGGACAUCUACAUCAGGAACACCAUGUAACCGUAUCAACAACACCAUAUCCUUAAGAAUCCCAACACUUGCUAGAAGACAAACCUGGUCAAAGUUUUGGGAAUCGUCAUCGCAAUCAAGAAAGAUGUCUAAACUACAUAUGCCAAGCGUUGCAUAUUCCGCGACGUCAUUAGCUGCUGCGAUGAUGAACUCAGUGUUUAUGUUUUAUUAUGUAAAAGUUUUUCUCAACAGAUAUAAUAUAUCUCAGUGGUGGUUUGAAGUUGCACAAAUAAUCUUUAUGAUUUGGAAUGCAAUAAAUGAUCCAUUGUUUGGGUAUUGGCAAGACAAUGCGACUUGGACAUGUGUGAAAAGUCGUCGACAUUCCAUCCUAUAUGGAGCACCGUUUUUCGCAUUGAGUUUCCUUGGACCUUGGUUUCCUUGGGGUUCCUAUGGAAAAGACAGUAUAAUGUGUGGAAUUCACCUAAUUACAGCACUAUGUAUAUAUGAUGCCUUAUUCACAUUUGUACUUCUUGCCCAGUGUGCAUUAUUCACAGAGAUGUCGAAAAGACAUGAAGAUCGCUUACGAUUAGUGAAAUAUUCCCAAGUUGGAUCUCUAAUUGGCUCUAUGAGUGUAUUUAUCUGUGAUAUGGCGUCAAAUAACCUAGAAAAUUUUCUAACAUUCCAAGGGGUCUGCAUUGCUAUAGCAAUAAUUGCAUAUGUUUGUAUGACAUACACAGGUAAAAAUGCGAACACUAUAUAUGAUAUACAGCUACUAGGUGCUGUUGAGGAAUCAGAUAGUUCCACACGUAUCAAAGACUCCUCGGGAGAAAUGCUACGCGAUUCAGAAUCGGACUCCAUGUGGUCACUUACUUUACAAAUCAUCAGAGAUCGCAACUUCAUAUGUUUUGUACUUAUGAACUUCUGCCAGGUGUUUCAUACGACAUUUAACGCCAAUUUUAUCUCAAUCUUAGUGGAUAAUCUCAUUCCUAAAGAACAGCUCCCAAGUGCCAUGAGAAGCAGCUUCUAUGCUGUCCUAAUGAUAUUUCCACAGCUGAUAGUGAUAUUUGGCGCUUCACUGGUAUCUAGUGUUGGAUCUUACAAAAUUAUCAGAAUGAACUUUAUAUUGAAGAUUAUAAUUGGCCUUAUGGUGUACGCUGUAGGGAUCAUACACCCUGUCUUUCUCCUAAUAUUCUUCCUAAUUGAUAGUGGACUGUCCAGUGCAACAUUUUCCUUGUUCAACAUCUCACUGUCAGAUAUCAUAGAUGAUGAUGUAGAAAAAUAUGGAAGAAGGCACCCUCUCUCCUCCAUGAUAUUUGGUACAAAUGCACUCAUUACAAAACCAGCGCAGUCUUUUGCACCAAUGAUAGCAGUAGCCAUUUUGAAUCAGUUUGGUUACAAUGCGCUAAAAGAGGGAACAUUGAAUUCUGGCUCAGGAUUACAAGAACUUCAUGCAGCAAUGUUUGCCAUGGCAACGAUUUUGCCAGUCAUUUUGGGUGCAGUACAGUUGCUCGUGUGGAGCCAGUAUAGCCUUAGAUCAAGCCACAAAGCCAUCCCAAAAUAUAUUGAAACAUAAAUACAUGUAUGAGUAACAUUAAAGAAAAUUAUUUUUUUAUCAUAUGAAAUUAUUUAAACUGCAUAUUUAUUUUUAUUUGAAUCAACACUUUGCUGUGGCAAAGAACAGUAAAGAAAUCAAUAUAUUUUUACAAGAAUGGAAUUUACUUUUAUAACACAUAAUGAGUUACAUGUAUUAUUUAAACUGAUCUAAGUCAUUUUCCUAUCCGUAUUGUAUUUAUGCAGCUUCAAGAGGGAAUAAAGGGUGGGGUUGAGUACAGGAUAUCCAAUCUGUCAUUUUUACAAUUCAAUUGAGAUUUACCAGUCUAAGAAUUAUAAAUUUAUUGCAUUAAAAUACCUUAAUUUUCAAGGUUAUCGGGCAAUUAUUCUGAAAAAGUGAAACUGCAGUUUUCUUAAAUAUGGACAUUCCUGCAUCAAAAUCUUCAAUUAUUUUAUUAUUUUAUUAUCCCAGAUAUCAGCUGUAUGAUUGUAAGGGCCAUAUUGUAUUUCUAAGGGUUCUAAAUGUAUAUCUUCAAUUUGUGUUGAAACAUAAAGGGACUUUAUAGACAAAUUGCAGUAGCAUUCAAGUGAAGAAUCUAAAGCUUGUAAAGGUAUGCAAAAUGAAGAUAUUAUACCUGGAAUUUAAAUUCUUGAAAAUGUUAAGAGAUGAAUUUGCACAAAUUAUAUACUUCCUGUUAGAGAUCUUUUACAAUAGCAGCUAAGUUGAAAUGAACAAUACAUUUAUAAAUGAUCAAAUAUGAUCUAGCCAAAACUUUUCAUGUUUUCACUAGUAUUGUUGAUAUUUUUAUAAUUGAUCAUAGCCAUGUCAAGACAGCUAUUGGCUCGUAAGGAAUAACCCUUCAACAGUUUAACAAGUAGCUUCCUUUAGACAUUUAUCCUCUAUGAUGUGAAAUAAACAAGAGGAACAAAUGUCCCUUAUCCCUCACACAUCCAGUUACAAUAAACUUGUAAUGGAACACCACCAUAAGCGAAACAGGUCAGAACUCAGUUACUCAUUAACUUAUUGCAGAAUGCACCUUUGUAGUUGUAACACUAUUUUGAGGUACUAUUUUGAUAUCCAUGAUAUCAAUAUAUCAUUGUAUUUGAGAACAUAUCAGUUCAUCAUUGUAAAAA